AUGGGUAACUUUACAAAUCCACCACGAAUAUCUUCGCCGUUGAAAAGAAAAAACAGUGGUACAGACAAGCGGUUAGAAAGAUCUACGAGUGUUCAGGAACGAAAAAAUAGUCUAAAUCGAGUACGCUCAAUUCCAAAUGGAGAAAUAUGUGAUAUUCGGAUGUUACGUCUAAAACGUAAUGCUGCGCAGCCGUUAACUGAUACACACCAUCAAGAAGCAAAUGGUAUUGGAAACAAAACAGUGAACCAAAUAUCUGAAAGUGUCAGCGGUGAAGAAAACCUAUUAAAAAAACAACUGGAUUAUAUACAUUCCUGCGUUAGACGAGAUAAAGGCCUAUUAGGCUUGAUAACCGAAAACGUUCAAAGAUGUAAUUGUUUAAUUAUUGACUAUCGAGGUUUUGGGUUAAGUACGGGAUGCCCGAGCGAGUAUGGCCUCUAUCUGGAUGCUCAAGCUGCCUAUGAUUAUCUUACUAUUAAAGAAAAUAUUCCACCAGAGAAAAUAAUUGUUUUUGGAACAAGUUUGGGAGCAAGUGUAGCAAUUCAGUUGGUUAGUGAUAUAGAAAAUCGUGUAAAAUGUGCUAUAUUUGAAAAUCCGUUCAUCUCAGUUCCAGAAAUAGCACGACAUUUCUUACCAUACGCAAAAAAUGUAUUGUCCAUCUCGAAAUCCGUUGGCUUUGUUUAUCUGUUUGAUUCGCUAUCAAAAGCAUCAAGAAUUAAAUGUCCAUGUAUAUUUUUGACCGGACUAUUAGAUAACAUUGUUCCCACGUACAUGUCAAAUAUUUUAUAUAAUGAGACUCGUAAUGCGUCUAAAAGAGAAUUAUAUACAUAUGAAUUCGGUCGUCACAAUGAUUUACCAAUUAUGCCAUACUAUUUUGAAAAUAUCCGCACAUUUUUAACGGAUAUCGAAGCAAAACCAUCGAUAAUAAAUUUAACGUAG